AGAACAAGAAAACUGAACGGAUACCCUACCCAGACAAACUUUCAAAAGCUGCUAGGGAACGAUAUUAUGCCAAGUUAGCCUCCAUAAACAACAUUGAUCCAUACCAAGUGAGAGCUAAUAGUUGGCAGUCUGACGCAGAACUCCUACCUCCAACUACCUCUCUGGAUAUUACCAACUACCUUGUGUAUGGAAUAAGCGCUUACACUUUUUCAGAAUUUCGGAACUACAAAUCCCUUGAAGCCCAUGGGCACUUUUCAAAUGGCUGGGUGCAGGAUCUCUUGUCAUUUCAACCAGAUGAAUGUACAAACACGAUUGUCACAACCAAGGUCCUUCAUUCCCAACGUCUUAAUGAUACCCCACUGAAACCCUGGGCCAUCAUUGAACCAACAGGCACCAUACUAUCAGGUCACUGUACAUGUAUGGCUGGAAUCGCAGAGACAUGCACACAUGUUGCAGCUAUGCUGUUCAAGCUGGAGGCUGUCAUCAGAUGCAGAGAGACAGUUACAGUGGCUGGCCAACCUGCUUACUGGAUGAUACCCAGCAACGUUUCUAAGGUGGGAGCAGAAGCAGGGCACAGAAUAGACUUCACCACUCCGAACUCCAAACGAAAGUCCUUGAAUAAAAUCCUGGAUGGUGAAGGAACAAGCAUGCCAAGUCCAAGGGCAUCCUCAAGCACUUGCCCACAUGGCAUUGCCACAGAGGAUCAGUGGACCUCCUACCUGGCUGGAAUACACAAGAUAACGCCGAAAGCUGCAGUUCUUUGUACUUAUCCUGACUAUUAUGAAGCAUUUGUUGAUCCUGUGCAGCCAUUCUUUGCACCAAAGUCACUCUGCCAACUACGGGAUGAGAAAUUUCAAAAUACUGAACUGUCUGCUUUGCUUCUACAUUGCAAAACCUUAGCAGACAAGGCUGCAGUUACACCAGAGCAAGCACACUACAUUGAAAAGAACACAAGAAAGCAGCAAAAUUCUUCAGCUUGGCAUCACUUCCGUGUAGGGCGGAUAACAGCAUCAAACAUGCAUUCUGUGUAUGUUUCUGAUUUGGAAAAGCCUGCACUCACAACCAUAAAAGCAGUUUGCCAUCUGAACAACAGCAACAGAGCAGGCCGCUGUGCUGCCACAACAUGGGGACUUCAAAAUGAGGAGAACGGAAGAAGACAGUACAGACUGCAGAGAGAAAAACACCACAGUGAUUUUGAACUGAGACGGUGUGGCUUCAUUGUUAAUCCUCAUUUUCCAGAGGUUGGAGCAUCACCUGAUGGAAUAGUGCAGUGCACCUGCUGUGGAAGCGGUUGCAUUGAAAUAAAAUGUCCAUACCAAUACCGAAACAGCACCAUCGAGGAGGCAUGCAACAGUGGCGACAAGUGCUUUUGUUUGGAAAAACUGGAUGAAAAAUUUUGUUUUGUGGACACAAAAGGAAUGUGCUGUGGUGCGUAUUUUGCCAGACGCACAGCUCUGGAGUGCUCUCCUUAA